CCACUGGAAAUAACCGAGUGAGAAAAUUCCCGGAAAAUUUGAAGAGAAUUUUCAGAAUCGCCGCGAUAUUUUGGAAAAUUCUUUCUCUCCGCCAUUGAUGGCACUAACCCAGAACUUGAAACCCAUCAUCUACACAUCUCCUCCGUUUUCCCGCCCUUUACCGGCCUUAUUGCCGUUCCAAACCCUAAAUCCCCAAUUUUCCCGCCACCCACCUCUCACAUUCUCUCGGAGACUGUUCCUCCCUUCGGUUUCCUCGAUCUGGGACGCCAUCACCGGCGGCGGAAAUUCGGAUCCUCGUGAAGCCGUCGCUGCGAUUCGACGCGGAAUGCUGCUCUUUAGACAGGGUGAUGUUUCGGGGUCAUUGGCAGAGUUCGAUCGGGCGAUUGAGCUGGAUCCCCGGCAAAAGGCAUAUCUUUGGCAACGCGGUCUUUCCCUCUACUAUCUCGACAGAUUUGAAGAAGGUGCAGAGCAGUUUCGGUUAGACGUUGCUCAGAACCCGAAUGACACCGAGGAGUCAAUUUGGUGCUUUCUCUGUGAAGCUCGGCUCUAUGGAGUUGAUGAGGCACGAAAACAGUUUCUUGAGGUUGGAAGAGAUCCUCGGCCUGUAAUGCGGGAAGCUUAUAACAUGUUCAAGAACGGCGGAGACCCUGAAAAGUUAGUCAAUAUCUUCUCAAGCGGCCAGGCAAACGAGUAUUUCUACGCUUCCCUUUACUCGGGGCUUUACUACGAAGCUGAGGGUAAACCCGAAGAGGCGAAGUCUCACAUCACGGCGGCGUGUGAAUCACCAUACGGGCAAAGGUCAGAUGAUUACAUGGCUUCUCUUGCCAAAGUUCACUGUCUCUGCAGGAACUGGAGUCUCGGCCUCUGAUUGAGACCGAGGGUCUGCCACUGUUUUAUAUGCACAAUAUUGUUUGUUGUAUCCUUUUUUCUCGAAACCCGAAUGGUCAUUGUAUCCGAAUUACUUGUGAUUUUUCUCAAGUCAAAUCAACCAAAUUCUUAUUGAAUUCAA